UUCUUAAGCAUUUACAGUUUCUUGUGAAAUUCAUCAUAACUAAGAAAAAUCACUAUGAAAGUGUUUAUCGCAAUUGCUGCUUUUAUUGCGGUAAUAUCUGCUGGACUGCAUGAGGAUUAUGAGGAAUGGAUUUCUUACAAGGCUGAAUUCUCAAAAAAAUAUGGACUUGCAGAGGACAAAUUCAGAUUCCAACUUUUCCAAAAGAAACUUCGUGAAAUUGAACAGCACAACGAAAAAUACGAAAAGGGUGAAAUUGGAUGGUCGAAGGGUAUUAAUCAGUUUAGUGAUUGGACCGAUGAUGAGUUCGAAUCUAUCUUAAAUAAACAACUUGCUACAACACCAGUACUUGGGAAGAGUUUAGGGGUUUACGAAGCUGAUCCAAACGAACCAUUACCAGCAUCUGUUGAUUGGAGAGAAAAAGGCGCAGUAUUACCUGUGAGGUAUCAGGGUGGAUGUGGAGCAUGCUGGGCAUUUAGUGUCACUGGAACUCUAGAGGGACAAGUUGCAAUCCACAAAAAACAAAAUAUUUCGUUGAGUCCACAAGACCUUAUCGACUGCACUAGAAAUUAUGGAAAUUGGGGCUGUAAGGGGGGUGGUCCUCCAUCAAAUGCUUACAAAUAUGUGAUGGAGAAUGGUAUCAGUUCCGAAGCGGAUUAUCCAUACCUUGAAAAAGAUGAUAUAUGUAAAAACAAUACACGAAAAGCAAUUACAAAGAUUUCAGGAUGGAGACAGACUAAGAGAACUGAAAAGGAUUUAAUUUCAGCUAUUGCUAAAGUUGGUCCAAUAUCCGUUGGCGUGGGUGUAAAGGGUUGGAGAGACAGUAGACAUGGUGUUCAUAAUAAUACAGAUUGUGGACCGCUCAAUCACGCAGUUCUUGCUGUAGGAUAUACUGAAGAGUAUUUUAUCGUCAAAAAUUCUUGGGGACCAAAAUGGGGAGACAAUGGUUAUAUAAGAAUAGCGAGAGGAAAUAAUAUCUGCCAUAUUAACGAAGCUUGUUAUUAUCCCGUGUUGUCCAUGAACACAAAAAAAGAAAAAGUGAAUUGGCUAAAUAUUAAAUGGUUGAGAUUUGACAAAGAAAAACCAUCUAUAAUACAAUAUAAAUACUGUUUAUCUCAAGAAAAUUUUGAAGAAAUAGAAGUAAAUUGUAAAGGAACAGCUGGAAGAAAAAGAACAAGCACAAACCUUGAACUAAACCAAAAGUAUUUGACAGGACUACCAGUUUCACAUAAAAAGAAAAAAGAUUUGGAGUAUCUUUUAAAUUCUAAAGUUAUUCCCGAUGAAUACUCCCAGUUUAUAAAAGACAUUCCAGUGUCAACCAACAAUACUUAUUCCAAAAAAAGCAUCAUGAAAUUGUUUGUUGUUAUCGCUUGUCUUAUUGCGGCAAUCUUCGCUGAAUUGAAGGAUGAUUAUGAGCAAUGGAUCGAUUUCAAGACUAAAUUUAAUAGGCAUUAUGGAGCUAAAGAAAACGAAUUCAGAUUCAAAAUUUUCCAAAAGAAUCUUCGUGACAUCGAAGAGCAUAACGCAAAAUACGAAAAGGGAGAAGAACAAUGGACCAAGGGUGUAAAUCAAUUCUCUGAUUGGACCGAAGAACAGCUCCAGUCGUUGUUGAAUCACAGACUUAAUACAAUACCGCUACGUAGUGAUAGUUUGGGAGUUUACAAAGCUGAUCCAAAUGAACAAUUGCCAGCGUCUCUUGAUUGGAGGGAAAAAGGCGCAGUUUUAGCUGUAAGGGAUCAAGGCUGGUGUGGAGGGUGUUGGGCAUUUAGUGCUAUUGCAGCUUUGGAGGGUCAAGUAGCAAUUCACAAAAAACAAAAAAUUCCUUUGAGCCCACAAAACCUGAUCGAUUGCUCCACGGAAAAUAAGGGGUGUAAUGGUGGGUUGAUGAAUAAGGCCUUCGAGUAUAUUAAAUCACAUGGUAUAAGCUCUGAAGAGGAUUAUCCAUUCAUUGAAAAAGACGACAAUUGUCGGACAAAUGUAACGAAAGUUCUUACUUCUAUCUCAGGAUACAAGGGUGUAAAUACAGAACAAGAUUUAAUUUCAGCUAUUGCUAAAGUUGGACCAGUUUCUGUCGCAGUAGCUACUGGGAAACUUGAUUGGUUUCAAUAUAAAGGAGGUAUUUUUAAUAAAACAACUUGCGGAACUACCCUUGAUCAUGGAGUUACUGCUGUAGGAUAUACUGACGAGUACAUUAUCAUUAAAAAUUCAUGGGGACCAGAUUGGGGAGAAGCUGGAUAUAUAAGACUAGCAAGAGGACUUAAUAUGUGUGGUAUUAACAAUAAAUAUAAUUAUUAUCCCAUAUUAUAAAUAUAAAUACUAAUAUUAAAAUAUGUUAGAAGAUAGUAAAUUUUAAUUUUACAAAAACAAUGCAUUACUAUGUUGAUUUUUUAACC